AUGGGACUGGCGGUGAAUGCUGGUGAGGAAGCGGUGCUGGCUGGUGCUGGAGUGGAAGCGUUGCUGGAGGAAGAUGACGAUAGCUGUGGUGUGAGUGCUCGGCGCAGCGUCAGUGACCCUCAACAUGCCCUCAAGACAAUUCGAUUAAAUAUGAGAAAGAAGUUUGAGUGUUUGUAUGAAGGAACAGCAAAGCAGGGAAACCCAACACUCCUCAAUGAGAUCUACACAGAGCUCUACAUCACAGAGAGUGAAUGUGGAGAGAUCAAUAAUGAGCAUGAGGUGAGACAGAUUGAGACACAGUCCAGGAAAACAGCAACAGAGGACACACCGAUCAAAUGCAAUAACAUCUUUAGACCUUUACCUGGACAAGACAAAUCCAUCAGAACUGUGCUGACAAAGGGAGUCGCUGGCAUUGGAAAAACAGUGUCUGUGCAGAAGUUCAUCCUGGACUGGGCUGAAGGGAAAGAGAAUCAGGAUGUCCAGCUCAUAUUUCCACUUCCUUUCAGAGAGCUUAACUUGAUGAAGGACAAAACAUUCAGUCUUUUAGAUCUUCUUCAUGUCUUUUUCCCUGAAACAAAAGAAAUGGAAAUAUCCAGUGAAGAAUAUAAAGUGUUGUUCAUCUUUGAUGGUCUGGACGAGUGUCGUCUGUCUCUGAAUUUUAAUGUGAAACUGUGUAAUAUAUCUGAAUCAGCCUCAGUGGACGUGCUGCUGAUGAACCUCAUUGUGGGGAAUCUGCUUCCCUCUGCUCUCAUCUGGAUCACCUCCAGACCAGCAGCAGCUGAUCUCGUCCCCUCUGAGUGUGUCCAUCGAGUGACAGAGGUACGAGGCUUCAGUGACCCACAGAAGGAGGAAUACUUUAGGAAGAGAAUCAGUGAUCAGAGUCUGGCCAAUACAAUCAUCACACACCUGAAGUCAUCCAGGAGCCUCCACAUCAUGUGCCACAUCCCAGUGUUCUGCUGGAUCUCAGCCACUGUUCUAGAGAAGAUGCUGAGGAAAUCAUGGAAAGGAAAAAUCCCCAAGACUCUCACUCAAAUGUACACACACUUCCUGAUAUUUCAGACCAACAUCAGACAUGAGAAGGACUAUGAGAAGAAAAUGAAAGAUGAAGACAUGAUUCUCAAACUGGGGAAACUGGCUUUCCAGCAGCUUGUGAAAGGCAACCUGAUCUUCUAUGAGGAAGAUCUGAGAGAGUGUGGCAUUGAUGUGACCGAAGCAUCAGUGUACUCAGGUUUGUGCACUCAGAUCUUCAGAGAGGAGUUGGGCUUGUAUCAGGGGAAAGUCUUCUGCUUCAUUCAUCUGAGCAUUCAGGAGCAUCUAGCAGCUCUUCAUGUGCUGCUUUCAUUCCUGCUGUACAAGAGGGAUGUGCUCAAUGAAAACCUCAGCUCAAAACAUGCAAAUGAGUUCACAUGUCACACUAUGUCUGAGCUGCUUCAGAGAGCCGUGGACAUGGCUCUGCAGAGUAGAAAUGGACAUCUGGAUCUUUUCCUGCGGUUCCUUCUGGGUCUCUCACGGGAGUCCAAUCAAAUGCUCCUGAAAGGCCUUCUGACAUGUAUUAGAAAAAUCUCAUACAGCAAAGGGAAAACAGUUCAAUACAUUAAAAUGAAAAUAAGAAUGAAUCCCUCACCAGAGAAAUCCAUCAAUCUGUUCCACUGUUUAAAUGAACUGGGCGAUCAUUCUCUCGUAAAUGAAAUCCAGAAAUAUGUCAGAUCUGGAGGUCUUUCAAGCGCCAGAUUGUCAUCAUCGCAGUGGUCAGCUGUUGUCUUUGUUUUAUUAACCUCAGAGCAUUUGGAUGAGUUUAACUUACAGAAAUACAUCAGUCAAGGCCAAAACCACAUCUCACCAGAUGAAGUAACUCAGAAGCUCUUGCCUGUAGUUGAAGCAUCCAGAUCAGCUCAGCUGAAUCAUUGUAAUAUCACAGCUGAAGGUUGUGCUGCUCUGGCUUCAGCUCUGAGAUCAAACUCACACCUCAGAGAACUGGAUCUGACUCAGAAUAUAAUAGGAGGUGCAGGUCUGAAGCUGCUCUCUGAUGGACUGAAGGAUCCUCACUGUAAACUGGAGAAACUGAGGUUGAGGUAUUGUGAUAUCACAGCUGAAGGUUGUGCUGCUCUGGCUUCAGCUCUGAGAUCAAACUCACACCUCAGAGAACUGGAUCUGACUCAGAAUAAAAUAGGAGGUACAGGUCUGAUGCUGCUCUCUGAUGGACUGAAGGAUCUUCACUGUAAACUGGAGAAACUGUGUAAUUGUGAUAUCACAGAUGAAGGUUGUGCUGCUCUGGCUUCAGCUCUGAGAUCAAACUCACACCUCAGAGAACUGAGUCUGUCUGAGAAUAAAAUAGGAGGUCGAGGUCUGACGCUGCUUUCUGAUGGACUGAAGGAUCCUCACUGUAAACUGGAGAAACUGUUGUUGUUUAAUUGUAAUAUCACAGCUGAAGGUUGUGCUGCUCUGGCUUCAGCUCUGAGAUCAAACUCACACCUCAGAGAACUGUAUCUGUUUGAGAAUAAUAUAGGAGGUGCAGGUUUGACGCUGCUCUCUGAUGGACUGAAGGAUCCUCACUGUAAACUGGAGAAACUGAGGUUGUUUGAUUGUAAUAUCACAGCUGAAGGUUGUGCUGCUCUGGCUUCAGCUCUGAGAUCAAACUCACACCUCAGAGAACUGGAUCUGACUCAGAAUAAAAUUGGAGAUAAAGGUCUGAUGCUGCUCUCUGAUGGACUGAAGGAUCCUCACUGCAAACUGGAGAAACUGAGGUUGAAUAAUUGUGAUAUCACAGCUGAAGGUUGUGCUGCUCUGGCUUCAGCUCUGAGAUCAAACUCACACCUCAGAGAACUGAAUCUGACUGAGAAUAAAACAGGAGAUAAAGGUCUGACGCUGCUCUCUGAUGGACUGAAGGAUCCUCACUGUAAACUGGAGAAACUGAGGAAAUGGAUGAACCCAACUACUAAAAACAUUGUCACUGAGGAAAAGCGCAUCUGGGUUUUUCAAAACCAGAAACCCUGUAUGAUGUCAGAGGUCUAUACACUCCUCAGAGCCCGUGAUAUGGCCUUCAAAUCAGGUGACAGGGCUCAUAAUGUUGUAAGAGCUAACCUAAAAAGAGGCAUCAAAGAUGCUAAGCUGGCCUACAAGAUGAAGAUAGAGGAACAUUUUACUGGCAACAACACAAGGGGGGUUGGGUUGAGUAAUUGUGAUAUCACAGCUGAAGGUUGUGCUGCUCUGGCUUCAGCUCUGAGAUCAAACUCACACCUCAGAGAUCUGAGUCUGUAUGGGAAUAAAAUAGAACAUGGAAGUGUAAAGCGUCUCUCUGCUUUAAAAGAUAAUCCACAUUAUAAACUGGAGAGACUAUUGUAA